AUGGGAGAAGCGCAGGAAGUGCAACUGCACAUAACGGAUCAAGAAGCUAAAGAUCUAACACACUUCCCUCAAUCUACAAGUAUCACCAACCAUCGCUCAACAGCUCCACGAACAAGAAACUACAGAUGGUGGAUCCGCAUAUCAAUCUAUACAGUCUUUCUCCUUGUUGGACAGUCAGUGGCUCUACUUUUGGGAAGAUUGUACUUUGUUAAAGGUGGAAACAGCAAAUGGAUGGCAACACUUGUGCAACUUGUAGGAUUUCCUAUUCUUAUUCCCUUCUAUGUCAUCUCAACGAUCAAUAAUCCCAGCACAAAUGAUAGCCAAAUAAAAUCACCAUCAGUCAAAACACUUGCAUUGGUUUAUGUAUCAAUUGGACUGCUUUUAGCAGCAGACUGCUAUCUAUAUUCAACUGGACUGCAGUACCUUCCAGUGUCCACUUACACCCUCAUUUCUGCAUCUCAGUUGGCCUUCAAUGCUUUCUUCUCCUUUUUGCUCAGUGCACAGAAGUUCACACCUUUUAUAAUCAAUUCUCUAGUCCUUCUUACCAUCUCCUCCGUCCUCCUUGUUUUUAAUAACGAGUCUUCAGACGACCCUGCUGGAGUCUCUAAAUCAAAAUAUACAAUUGGUUUCCUAUGCACUGUUGCUGGUUCCGCGGGAUAUGGACUGGUGCUCUCUUUGUCACAGCUAAUAUUCAGGAAGGUUAUAAAAGGGCAGACAUUUAAGGUAGUUGUGGACAUGAUAAUCUACCAGCAACUAGUAGCGACUUCUGCGAUUCUGGUUGGACUUUUUGCUAGUGGAGACUGGCAUGGUUUAACGAGAGAAAUGGAUGGGUAUACAACGGGAAAGGUUUCCUAUGUGAUGAAUUUAGUAGGGACUGCCAUAUCUUGGCAGCUUUUCGCUAUUGGCUCCGUUGGAUUGAUUUUCGAUGUUUCUUCCUUGUUUUCCAAUGCCAUUAGUGUUUUGGGGCUGCCUAUUGUUCCAGUCCUAGCUGUGUUCGUUUUCAAUGACAAAUUGGGUGGUGUGAAGGCAAUUUCAUUGUUGUUGGCUAUCUGGGGUUUUAUUUCCUAUGCCUAUCAGCACUAUCUAGACGAUCGUAACUGCAAGGCUGAAAAAACAAAUGCCGAAGAGGGAUGGAAAGUUGACAGAUCUGUCUCCGAUAUAUAG